AUGGUCUUAACACGUGAACAGUAUACGCGAUCAGGAGAAGCAAUUGUCGUUCUACCAGACAGAAGAAAACCUAGAGGAAGUACUAAAACCAAGAUGGGAAGUGAAGAUGAUAAGAAUCUGAAACUGUCAGAUGAGGACAAGUUUGCUAAACUUGAACUCAAGAUACAAGAUUUAGCAGAUACUCUUGUUGCGUUUGUGAAGCUCGAGAUAUAUGACUAUAAUGGAGUCAUGGAAGAUGAAAAACUUGAUGGAUGGCUAGACAAGUUGGAAACGUACUUCACAGUACAUCAACUUGUGGAAUCACAAAAGAUCAGUUUUGCAAGUCUGAAGUUAUCAAACCAUGCCUCAACAUGGUGGAAGGCUUACAAGAAGAGGUAUGUUACAGAAAACAUGACUUGGCAUCAAUUUAAGAAUCUCAUGAGGAAACACUUUUAUCCUGUGGGAUACUUGGAUGAAAGAUGGUAUAAGUGGCAGCACCUUCGACAGCGAUAUCAACAAAGUGUCCAAGAUUACACUACAGAAUUCUACAAUCAAGCUUUAGUUUUAGAUGUGGAUAUUACUAGUGAUGAGACAUUCCGGAAAUACAAUGGUGGACUCGUAGAUUAUAUACGAAGAGAAUUAAAACUUUUCAGUGUACAAGACAUUGAAGAUGCUAUAAACAAAGCUGUGGCCAUUGAACAGAAGGUUAAAGGUGCUGCAGGAUCAGACAACAAUAGACUUGUUACGAGAGGGAAAGAUAUGACUCAAAUAAGGGUUGAGACUAAUAAAGACAAAUCUCUAUUAGAUGAACAAGAAGAAAAGGUAUGUGAUCAUUGCAAGGAGAAAGGUCAUAUAAAAGACACUUGCUGGACUCUUUAUCCUCAUCUCAAACCAAAGAAAUUGCGUGAGGCUGAAAGACAAAGAAGUUUUAAGAAGAACACUAUGAUUGCAGAAGCUGUGGAUACCGAAAUAAUAUCUGAAAUAGAUCAUCCAGACCCAAAGCUUUUGUUGAUGACCAAGCUAACAGACGCAGGACAAGAGAAUCUACAUGAAGAAUUGUUCCAUGUCAAGAUUAAAAUAAAACAAAGCAUCGUCGAGGCUAUCAUCGAUUCUGGCAGCCAAAAGAACUUAAUUUCAGAAAAGCUGGUGGAACAAAUGGGAUUAUCAACAACUCCACAUCCAAAACCCUACCCAUUAGGAUGGAUACAGAAGGAUACUGAACUUCAGGUAUCAAUGCAGUGUCGAUUCAAAUUUGCUAUCACUGACAAGUUCAUUGAUGAGAUUGUUUGUGAUGUUGUGCCAUUGGAUGUAGCACAAGUUAUUUUUGGAAAUCCAUAUUUAUGGGAACGUGACGCUGUUCUCUAUCAUAGAGAACGUGUGUAUUUGUUCAAGAAAGAUGGAAAAGAUUUUCGGGUUCAGGCUAGUAAAACCCAUUUACCCAUGAAACUGGUUACCACUAACCAAGUCAAGAGAUUGAUCAACGCUUGUGAGAAGUUCUCUUUAGUCAUCAGGCCUGUGAUCAAAGAGGAAAAGAAAGUGGUAUUACAUACUACACUUUCCACCAGGCAACAAAGUGAACCAAGUUCCCUAAAGAAGAAGUUCGUGGAUUUGUUCCAAGAAGAAGUCAUUUUACCACGCAAGAGAGGUGUUAAGCAUGAGAUUGCACUUGUUGGAGAUGCAAUGUUCUUUACCAAACUUGAUCUCGAAUCUGGUUAUAACCAAGUGCGAAUUAAAGAAGAAGGCACUAGAGCUCAAAGAUUUAUUGAGGAGAAAGGUAAAGUACAUGUUUUAGCAGAAGACUUGUGGAUAGAACGAGAUGAAGUUCUUGAAGAAGAUUGUAUUAUUGAAACAAAGGUGACACCCACCAGAAGAGGAGACUGUAUAAUGUUUCGUGUAGGGCGAGUCGGACAAGUGCCAAGUAAAGCAAGAUGGUUCAACAAGGAACAAGGGGAGGCUGAAUUUCCUCACCUGCAAUUUAGAGCUUACACAGGAGUUCCAGCUUCCUAA